AUGGAUCCACAACAACGACAACUCCUCGAGUGUGCAUAUGAAGCUCUAGAGAACGCGGGUUUCCCCAAGACCUCCAUCGCCGGAAGCAACAUGGGUGUUUUUGUCGGCGCCAGAUCGUCUGACUAUCGCAUGGGUACAUUGAAAGAGGUGGACCAGGUGCCCAUGUACGACGCCACCGCAUGCUCGUCUAGUCUGUAUGCUCUACACUCGGCUGUGCAAAGCAUGCGCUCCGGCGAGUCGGAUUCAGCCAUUGUGGCAGGAUGUAAUCUGCAUCUGCAGCCCGACGAUACCAUCUCCAUGUCUAUGAUGGGCCUUUUCAAUGACGAUGGUAAGACGUUCGCUUUUGACCAUCGCGCAAAGUCUGGCUUUGCGAGGGGCGAGGGCGUUGCCUGUUUGAUUCUCAAGCCCCUUGGGCAAGCACUCAAGGACCGCGACAAGAUCCGUUCCAUCAUUGUCGGGUCUGGUACGAACCAUGACGGCAAGACAUCAGGCAUCGCGGCGCCCAGCGGAGACGCUCAGGAGCGGCUGAUGCGCGACGUCUACGCACGCGCCCAAGCUGGCGACCCCGUUGAGGCUGGCGCCAUAUAUCGUGUGUUUGGAGACGGGCGAACGAAGCGAUCACCCCUUUACAUGGGCUCUAGCAAAACCAACUUUGGUCAUCUAGAGAACGUGAGCGGCAUCGUCUCUAUUAUCAAAGCGACUCUGAUGCUAGAAAAAGGCUUCAUUUUGCCAAACGUCAAUUUUGAGAAGGCCAACGAAGCGAUUCCAUUAGACGAAUGGAACAUAGAGGUUCCUGUCAACAUUCACCCCUGGCCCAAGGACAAGCGCUUCAUCAGCAUAAACAACUUUGGCUUCGGCGGGUCCAACGCGCAUGUCAUUUUGGAGCGUGCCCCAGUCGUUGCUCCUGACCUCCCUCAGAAGCCUAGUAACGAGUUUCCUCAGCUUGUUGUUUUAAGCGCCAACGAGGAGGGCGCAGCCCAGCUCGUGGCAUCUCAUGUCGGCGUUUACGUCGAGAAGCACCCCGAAGCUUGCCAAAAACGAUUGCUGCGAGAUAUUGCUUACACCCUUGGCGAGAGAAGAAGCCUUUUACCGUGGCGAGUCGCCAUUGUCACGUCGACUUGCAACGAGCUCGGUCAAGCUCUGAACGGCAACACAGCCGCCCCGAAGCGGACUGUGCGGAUCCCCAAGCUGGCCUUUGUCUACACCGGACAGGGGGCUCAAUGGGCCAAAAUGGGCUACGAGCUUCUGCAGUCGCACCCAGUCUUUGCCGACACCAUUGAGGCUGCCUCAGACUGUCUUGGCCGUCUAGGGGCGGAAUUUUCAAUAGUCGAGGAGAUUUCCAAGAGCCCGGGGGAGAGCGGCCUGGGACAGGCGCAUAUCUCUCAGCCCACCUGCACCGCCAUUCAGCUCGGUCUCACCGCGCUGCUGUCGUCUUGGGGAAUCAAGCCUUCUAUCGUUGUGGGCCACUCUAGCGGUGAAAUCGGCGCCGCCUUUGCUGCAGGUGCCAUUAGCCUCGAGGACGCCAUGGCCGUUGCCUACCACCGAGGCCAGCUUUCCUCACAAAUAAAAAUAAAAAAUCCUCAUCUCUCCGGCGCCAUGCUUGCAGUUGGCGCAAGGUCUGCCGAGGUCAAUCGCAUGAUUAAGCUCCACCAUCUAUCUAACGUCACGGUGGCGUGUGAAAACUCGCCUAAUUCAGUCACGGUAUCAGGGGAUGAGGCGAGCAUUGAUGCCCUCGCCGUUGAGCUAGAAAAGAAAGGGCUAUUUCAACGGAAGCUACGGGUCGAUGUUGCCUACCACUCGUCGCACAUGCAAGUCAUUGCGGACGAGUAUAUGGCUGCAAUUAAGCAUGUGACACCCAGGCCGAUCCAGGAUGGCGUGAGAUUCUACUCUGCUCUUAAGGGCAGACGCGGCGAGACAUCUCUUGGCCCGGACUAUUGGGUUAAAAACCUAACCAAUCCGGUGCUUUUUUCCACCGCAAUUGUCGAGCUCUGUGCUGAAUCCGAGCCUAACAUCGUCGUCGAGAUAGGUCCUCACUCAGCCCUCGAGGGUCCUAUAAAACAGAUCCUGAAGUCCAUAGACCACCAACACGGAAAGGUCAACUACUUUGCGUCGCUCGUACGCAACAAGCACUCCACCUUCUCUAUGCUUCAACUAGCCGGAAAUCUUUUUAUGAGUGGCGCCCGACUCGAGUUUUGCCAGGUGAACCAAACCAACAGCGAGACCCAAAGGCCGGCCCUGUUAGAUAGCUUAACUCCAUAUCCCUGGUCAGAGCAUAAGUACUGGUAUGAGUCGCGCGCCAGCGAGCAGCACCGCAAGCUUCCUUUUCCUCGCCAUGACUUGCUCGGCCGCCUAGAGGACACCUAUAAUGAAACGGAGCCCGUCUGGCGAAACGUACUGUCCUCCUCCGACGUGCCUUGGAUUAAGAACCACCGCAUGCAGUCGUUUGCCACGUUCCCCCUGGCCGGCUACCUAUCCAUGGCCGUCGAGGCCGCCUCCCAACGAGCGCAACUUCGCGGUAUCGCCAUGUCCGACAUCUCGGGCUACCGCCUGCGCGAGAUUCGGUCGUCUAAGGCCCUUAUUCUCGACGAUGAUGUCCGGUUCGAGACUGUCUUGUCCAUGAGGGCUUACGGCGAGGGAACAAGGGCAUACUCCAACGAUUGGGAUGAGUUCACCAUCUCAUCAUGGGUGUCCAGCAGGGGCUGGCUCGAGCAUUGCCGCGGUCUCAUCAACAUUAAGAAAGCUAAGACGGAGAAGUCGAUCACCAGCCUAAAGCCCCAGGGUGCGAUAUUUCGGCGGAAGCAGGCGAUAGAGCCUGGAGGGCGGCGCGUCUCACUGGACGACUUUUAUGCCGAGCUCGGACGCAAUGGUGCAUGCUAUACGUCGAGUUUCACAUUGCGACCCGAGGCGGGGCUGACGAGCCGCGGUAACUUUGCCACGAGUACCGUUGCCUUCCCCGACACGGCGCCUCAAAUGCCAUUUUCAUACGAAACACCGUCCAUCCUCCCGAUGGCAUCCCUCUUCAUGCCCUUGGCCAUUAAAGAAAUUGAUAUUUGUACUCCCUUGCCUAAUCAAGCAGGUCAGCAGAUCAAGGUUGUUGCUCACGGCCGCCCAGACCCUGCCAGCCUAGGGGUAGUCGACUUUUGCAUUGAUGGUUGGCACAGCGAUACGGCCAAUCCUGUCAUUAGGUUUGCGGGCUUCAGGAUGACACCGGUCAGUAAUCAAGAAUUGGACGAACCAAGCCCGCGCUCCCUUUGCUACAAGCUCAAGUGGGAGCCCCUGAAGGACGGCAGAGCACAAGCAGACGGCACAAAGAUCGAGCCAAAGACGAAUGACAACGCCUUUCAAAUCAAUGGCCUCGCGAACGAGGAUAAAGCCGCUGCUACUGUUAUCAUAUCCGACAAGGACCAGUCCGACCGGCUUGUGAGCGCUCUUUUGGCCCUGAUUGCCCGUGCUGGUUCCAAGGCAUCCAUCUGCCCUCUCUCUAAGCUUGAGCCCUCUUCCUCCGUCCGAUACAUCUGCUUGGCCGAAAUGGAUGCCCCCUUGAUUCACAAUAUGACGGCAGCAACGUUUGCUCGUGUUCAGCGCCUACUUCUCCAUGGUGAUUCGAUUCUGUGGGUCACGGCGGGUGCUUACCGGUUCGCGGAGUCACCGCACAAGAACAUGGCGCAAGGUCUCUUGCGUACGGUUCGCUCUGAGUCCGGAAAAGUAGCAGCCAUGCUUGACUUGGACGUAGGCUCCCGGCUGGGUCCUACGGAGCGAGCCAAGCUCAUCAUGGAAGCGCUCUCCGCCUCCCAGGCCUCUAAAGACGGCCUAGAUGGCGAAUUCGAGUUUGCGGAACAAGAAGGCCUGCUUGUAGUUCCUCGCGUCGUCUGCGAGGACGACGUGAACCUCACCAUUUUCCGUGAAACGCUAUCGACAUCGCCGUACCUGCAAGACUUUGAACAAUCAGGGAGGCGCCUCAAGGUGGUCAUCGGCAACUAUGGCGCCAUCGACUCGCUGUAUUGGACGGAUGAAGCCGAAUUUUGCCUCGACGAUGAAGAAAUCGAAAUUAAGGUGGCUGCUACGGGGAUGAAUUUCAAAGACGUCGUCAUUAGCAUGGGUCAAGUCCCUAGCCCAUAUUUAGGCGUCGAAUGCAGCGGAAUUGCCACUCGCGUCGGUCGGAACGUCCACACCCUUCGGGUAGGGGAUCGCGUAUGCGCCAUGGUCCGAGGAGCUUACGGCACGUACGCCACCUGCCACGCUAGUAGCGCCGCCGUCAUUCCAGCAGACAUGAGCUUCCCUGUCGCCGCGUCUCUCCCCGUCGUCUACAGCACGGCCUACUAUGGCAUCACCGAACUCGCGCGCAUGCAACCGGGCGAGAAGAUUCUUAUCCAUGCGGCCUCUGGCGGCGUUGGACAGGCGGCUAUCCAACUAUCGCAAAUGAUCGGCGCAGACAUCUAUGCCACUGUUAGCAGCGCCGACAAAAAACAGCUACAGGGUGGCAAACCACUCAAUCAACUCAACCAAAGAGUCAAAUUGAGUAGAUUGACGGCUUACAUCAGCGAACCUCUCGUUGAGUUGAGCAAUCCAAGCCCUCGUUGA